CAAACCCAACCCAACCACCUCCUCCAUCGCGGCGGCGCCGCCAUCUCGCCGUCUCCUCGCUGCCGCGAAUUCAUCUAGCCCUCCGCCGCGACGACACCAUCCCAUCCCAUCCCCCCAGCCCGCCCCACCUCUCGCCUACGAGGGCACCGUCGGUCGAUCGGGCAACCAUGCUGCUGGGCGUGGCGAGGCGGCGGCUCGGAUCCGGAUGCGUGCUGGGGCAGCUCAUGCAGGCCCUCCGCCCGGCCUCGUCGGCGAGGGCCUACUCCGCCGCUGCCAAGGAGAUGACUGUGCGUGAAGCAUUGAAUUCUGCCCUUGACGAGGAGAUGUCUGCUGAUCCUUCUGUUUUCUUGAUGGGUGAGGAGGUUGGAGAAUACCAAGGUGCAUAUAAGAUAUCGAAGGGUUUGUUAGACAAAUAUGGCCCUGAUAGGGUUCUUGACACACCAAUCACAGAGGCUGGUUUUACUGGCAUUGGUGUUGGUGCUGCCUACCAAGGUCUUCGCCCUGUAGUGGAGUUCAUGACAUUUAACUUCUCAAUGCAGGCAAUUGACCACAUCAUAAAUUCUGCUGCCAAGUCGAAUUACAUGUCAGCCGGUCAGAUAUCUGUUCCUAUAGUUUUUAGAGGACCAAACGGUGCUGCUGCUGGUGUUGGUGCUCAACAUUCACAGUGUUAUGCAGCUUGGUAUGCGCAUGUACCAGGAUUGAAGGUCCUAACACCUUAUUCUGCAGAAGAUGCUCGGGGCUUGCUAAAAGCAGCAAUCAGGGAUCCAGACCCUGUUGUUUUCUUAGAAAAUGAACUGCUCUAUGGUGAAUCAUUUCCUGUUUCUGCCGAAGCUCUUGAUUCUAGCUUCUGUCUUCCAAUUGGAAAGGCCAAGAUAGAGCGAGAAGGAAAAGAUGUUACAAUUACUGCAUUCUCCAAGAUGGUCGGAUACGCUCUUCAGGCUGCAGAGAUACUGUCCAAGGAGGGAAUCAGUGCUGAGGUGAUCAAUCUUCGGUCAAUUAGACCAUUGGAUAGAACUGCUAUCAAUGCAUCUGUUAGGAAAACCAAUAGAUUGGUAACCGUUGAAGAAGGAUUUCCGCAACAUGGGGUUGGCGCUGAAAUAUGCAUGUCUGUUGUAGAGGACAGCUUUGAGUAUCUUGAUGCGCCGGUUGAGAGGAUUGCUGGAGCUGAUGUGCCCAUGCCCUAUGCUGCCAACCUUGAGAGGAUGGCCGUUCCACAGGUCGAGGACAUUGUUCGUGCAGCGAAGCGAGCCUGCUACAGAGCAGUACCAAUGGCAGCAACAGCCUAAUUCAGCGACUUUUUUUUUUCUCCAUCUUGUCUUCUUCUCUAUGGCCAGGAAUAUGUACCACACCAUACUGGUGCCCUCCCAACUAGUGUAAGCUGAUUUUGUAGAUCCACCAUGAGGUGCCAAUUCCCUUCUCUUCUUUUGGUCGCAGUCGGAUGGCUGCACUCGUUCAUAGUCCCAACUCAAAAUACAUUUGAAACCAUGCUACUUCUGGAGAAUUUUACAUGAUCCAAUGAUGUCAAUAACAUGUAUCUAGUGGAACUUCAGAGGUUGGCAAACCAAAACUCAGUAGAUUCA